CCUGAGGUUCCUCCAGCACAAACACCAGCACUUAAUGGGAGCAGUGAAAGUGUGGCGCCAGUUCAGCCCAAUAACAUUAACAACACCACUUACCAAGGCAACAUCCAAGAUGCUGGUGGCUACCAAGGUCAUGUCUACCCUGGAAUUGGCUAUAAUGCCAAUGUUACCAAUGGGACUGGUUAUCCAGGCAACCAUUAUUCCAGCAACGGCUACAGCAGCAAUGGAUACAGUGGUAAUGGAUACAAUGGUAAUGAAUACAAUGGCAAUGGUUCUCUGCAAGGCGACGCAUGCUUCCCCCGACUCCCUUAGGCCGAAAGCCCAACUUUAACAUCCAGUGUUUGAGAAAGCAGACCAGUAAUGAGGAUCUGCCCAUUCCAGGCACUUACCAUCAAAACUCCCCACGCUGCAGGGCACAAGCACAGACAAACAACAGCUACGACUCUCGGCGGAGCAGCAUUUCAUCUGUGGUUUCUUCGGCCUCUUGGGCGAACAACCAGGCCAGACGGGGCCAUCUCCUCUACGCCCCUUAUAUUCUGGUGAACGAGGUGGGGGGCACUCAGGCAAUGUGGGGCGACACCAAUGGCAGUGCCAGUCUGCCGGCAUCGGCCCGUCCCGGAUGGAUUGGCAGUGGAAUGGCAAGCGUGGCCCAGCAGCCUCGAGCGUACACCACUCUCAGAGUGCCGUCCCAACACAGCCAAUACAUAGAGAAGGGAAGCGCUGACAGCCUCGUGGAGUCGAUCCUGAUCUCUGAAGGCUUGGGUCUAUAUGCCAAAGACCCCAAAUUUGUUGACUUUGCAAAGCGGGAAAUCGCAGAUGCCUGUCACUUGACUAUUGAUGAAAUGGAGAGCGCUGCAACUAACCUUUUAAGUCAUGGAAGGGCAGGACAACCGAUCGGACGCUUUGAGGAGGAUCUGGCUGAUCAGAUGAACGGUGUUAUAUCAUACUAAACGGGCUUCAGUUUGUUGGGGAGGGCAGAACAUAGAUUGUCAGUGUGAUUGUGAUGUUCUCUGCAUCACAAACUCAAAUACAUUCAACUUUUCAUAUUCAGUUCAGCUGGGCAGAGUUAAUAAUAAUUAUAUUCAAUUCCUUCAGUAGAUAUAAGGAAAUUGUGGUUAACGCAAUGAUCUUACACCUAUUGCUUUGC